AUGGCUCGCAGUAAAGUGCUCAGCAGCAGCGGAACCGGUCAGGAAGGCUCUCCUCAGCCAAGCCAACUCUAUCCAGCCGACAGAAUUCAGGUGGGGCUGCAUUACGUCGACUUGGUCCCAGGUUGCCGAUUAGCCGAAGACCCCUGUGUACGCCAGCUCUAUAUGGAAUACUCAAUUCUUGGCUUGCCGGACGUGCUCGAGACCCCAGCUGGUCUGGUGAUGCCGAACGCCGUACCAGGAAAAGCAAAGCGUAUAGAAUUAAACUACUCACAAAGUGAGACAGUAAGAGAGUAUCUGCUAAUACCUUGA